AUAUGGGUGAACAGUAUCUCUUUGCUAAUCACAACGAACAGGCCGCAUUGAAAUGGAUUCGCGAACCUUCGUUUUACUCUUGCUAAUUGGCUGCCUUAUUGUGGGAUGCUGCAUGGCUGCUCCUCAAGGAUGUGGCGGUGGAUUUUAUAGCAAAAAUGGAAACCUGGUGAUCGACGUAAAUAAUAUUCAAAGCCACCUCGACUGUGUAAAUCGGCAGCAUCAACGUGGAUAACACCCUAAUAAGAAAACUAGUUUUAUAUAUUAUAUUAUAUUAUAUAUAAUAUGUACAACGUAUUCAAAUUGGAAUUUCUGUGACUGUCGAUAAACAACUGCUAAUGCAGGUGGAAUGUUGAACAAACGCGCUAAUUUUUAAAACAAAUUUGCAUGCAUACAUACGUUAUUCUAAUAUCCCGCAAUAAAAAUCAAAAUAUACAAAUGAAAUCAGUUUUUUGGUUUAUUAAACAUUCAAAAUAUUUACUUUUCUCAUUGAUAAUUCAUAUUGAUAAGUCGUACAAAUGACCAAUAUAUAAUUUAAUUCCCCACACGUGAUUGCAAAAACGCGUGCAUUAUACGUCAAAACACUCUUGAUU